AGACAACAAAUGAUGCCAUCAGGCGAUAGCUAGCUUUAUGUAGGUAGGUAGGUCUUGAACUCACAGUCAAAGCAUAAUGGUUCCAACUUGCCACCUCCUGAACGUCCGAACCAUCGCAAUCAUCCUCCGUAUCCUGGGUACCCAGGAGCCACUCCCUGGGGAGGACCUUGAGGAGGGUAUCCUUGCUGUUGCGGAGGAUAGCCUGCUUGCGUCUGGAAGGUUUGUGGCGGCCCCUGCUGGUAACCUUGGGGAGGGUAUCCUUGCUGUUGCGGAGGAUAGCCUGCUUGUGGCUGGAAGGUUUGCGGCGGUCCCUGCUGGUAACCUUGAGGGUAGCCUUGCUGCGGUGGAUACUGCUGUUGGCCUUGCGGAGGUGGAGCACCGUAUCCUUGACUGUGCUGGCCCGGCGAAGGUUGCUGGGGUUGACCUUGAGCGGGAUACUGCUGGUACCCUUGCGGAGGUGGCGCGCCAUAUCCCGGAGCGUAUUGGCCCGGAGGCGGCUGCUGCACUUGAGCAGGAUGUUGCAGCUGUGCUGGCGGAGACACCGCGGCAGGGGGAGCAGGCGACGCUGAAGGCGGUGCACUUGGCUCAGACCCCGUAG